UUGGAGAGGUUAUCAAGCAUUUUCUGCAUAGAUUUUGAAGACAGAUCCACACCUGGAGGUCCAUUUCAAGAUUCUGUCUUGAGAUUGGCAGUAUGUAUUCCUCGAGCUUGUACUACGAAGGAGGCUAUAUCGGCUUUGCUGUUUAACGUCAGUGCUCGUGGUUUUGAAUACAAAGACUAUUAUUGUCGUCUACCUAACGACAAGCAAUGGGUACCCGCUAACAACUGCAGUAGUCACAUUAACAAUAAUUAG